CGGUGCUGUAUGAGAGGAGAAAGAGGAAGAGGUGGAGAACGUGUUUGCCAUGACAGUGACCCUUAUCCCAUAGAGCAUCCUACUCAGAGCAAGACUGACCAGAAAGGAGGACAGCGAGGACAGGAAGGAUGAAGUUGUGGGGGAGCUCAGUGUGGCCUUUGCAAGUGGCCCUCCUUUUCGCCGUGGUGAUGUUCUGCGGUUGCCCGGUGUCCGCUGGCAGUCGUAACCAUCGGGGACAGACAGCCUCCUACCAGGUAAAGCAGGGGACCUGUGAGGUGGUGGCCAUUCACCGCUGUUGUAAUAAGAACAAGAUUGAGGAGCGCUCUCAGACCGUCAAGUGCUCCUGUUUCCCAGGCCAGGUCGCUGGCACAACCAGAACCAGGCCCUCCUGUGUGGAAGCCUCCAUCGUGAUUCAGAAGUGGUGGUGUCAGAUGAACCCCUGCAUGGAGGGAGAGGAGUGUAAGGUGCUCCCUGACCUCACAGGCUGGUCCUGCAGUACUGGGAACAAAGUCAAAACCACCAAGGUCACACGAUAGCAAGAGAAUCGCUGAGCAGUGACAUCAUCAAGUCUCUCAACUGUUAACUCCAUAUGUAAAGAAAGGAUGGCGAUCAUAACUGAGACACUUAGACUGACGAUGAAGGGAAGACUGUUAGUCAUCCCAUCAUACCAAGGUGUGACAAAAACUACAGAACCAUUAAGAACACACUCUGAUUGACAGAGACACUGGGGUAAAGUGUCACACGUACAGCUCAAAACAACUAUGGACUACUGAGUUUAUGGAUACCCAGGGAGCAUACUUUAUGGAUACCCAGGGAGCAUACUUUAUGGAUACCCAGGGAGCAUACUUUAUGGAUACCCAGGGGGCAUACUUUAUGGAUACCCAGGGGGCAUACUUUAUGGAUACCCAGGGGGCAUACUUUAUGGAUACCCAGGGAGCAUACUUUAUGGAUACCCAGGGGGCAUACUUUAUGGAUACCCAGGGGGCAUACUUUAUGGAUACCCAGGGGGCAUACUUUAUGGAUACCCAGGGGGCAUACUUUAUGGAUACCCAGGGGGCAUACUUUAUGGAUACCCAGGGGGCAUACUUUAUGGUCAGUAAAGACUAUGUCUGAAGACUUUGGAGAAGACCAUGUCGGAAUACUUUUGCCUGUUAAUAGAGAUGGGGAGAUCCAAAGAGAGGUGGUUUUGACCAGUGUCUGAGGAGUUGUAAUGGAUGGCUGUUUUGACUAUGUAUUUGUGGACAUGUGUUGCCGCCAGAGCUGCAGAAAGACUGUGUUAGAGUGUGAUUCUAGGGUUGUUGGACUGGAUCCUGAAUGACUCCAACUAGAGAGUGGAAUGUUGCUGCUCUAUCAGGAUUACUUUCUAUUCAUGAGCUGGGAGGGGGGUGGAGCUCAUCACUUGUGAAUUGCACAUUAUUGUCAAAUUACUCUUGUGGGUCAAGUCACUAUGAUGGAGAUGUUCUCUGAGAGUAAUUUGCAGUUCUAAUUAGGGUUGCUAAGUAGGAUCAUAACAUAUAAAAGAUUCAUGUAAGAUAUUUGCACUAGUUGAAAAGCGUUUUCGGAAUGUUUUGUUUUUCUAGUUAUUUCUAGUUUUUUUUCUGUAGAUGUCACAUGAAAUUAAAGAGAGGAAGAUAUUUUGUAAGAGUUCUGCCUCUGAUGUUGAAGUAGAAAUGCCACUGCCCUUCUCCCUGGUAGAUUUGCUUAUUAAUGUACUUGUUAAUCCGUGGCUCAGAUUGAAGGGAUAGUUAACUUUGAACAUAUUUCAUUCUAUAUGUCGUUAUCAAUAAAACGUCACAAUAUGGUGUGGAGCGUUCGAUUUGGCUAUGUGCUGUUUUUAAGGGAUUGUUAAACUAUUUGGUUUAAAUAUCAUCCCCUCCUGAAGAGCAUAGUCACAACUACACAUUUGCCAUGAUUCCACAUUUAGAUCUAACAUCAGUCUAUCCAUUUGGAAAAUAACUAGCUAGCUAAGCAAACAAUAUAUCACUUUAGCUUCGCCGGAGAUUAGGCUUUUGGAAAGAGCUUGACAUCGUCCUGGUAAAAUUGUCGGUCGGACUUACGUUACUGCCAUCACCACUAUAGAUGGCAACCAAAUCAAACACUAUUUGGAUAUAGCUAGCCACCUAGUUUAUCUCCUGAAAGUAAGCUUGUUAAACAGCCAUAUUGACAUGAUCUGUUAUUAGCUAGCUAGCCAAUUUGAUGUGGUUCAUCAAUCAAUGUUGCCUAUCAUGUCUGUCAGCUGCAAUUGUGAUAAAAACAAUGUUGAAGAGGGGAUAAUCUUGGCUAACUUCGCUAGGUAUGCCUACGUUGGUUGCCGGAAAAGGUACAUUAGGUGUACUUAACAUUAUGUUUAACAAACUGCACAAAUUUUCUACCGGUAGCUUGCAAAGUUAAUAUUAUCAGCUAACAGUACAUCGGCAAAUGCGGAACCCGCAAAGGAUGGGAAAUGAACCUAAACCACUCAGACUUGUCAGGUAAAGUUAACUUUUAUAUCACUCAAAUAUCCAAUUAAUGUUGGCCAAUAUUGAGAGACAUCGUGGGGCUACCCUCACGUUGGCUAUCUGAAAGGACAUGAUCAAUGAAAAGCAUGCAGUUAUUGCUGUAUCAUUUUGUUGAUCUAGAGCUCAAUGUGCGCAAUUGUUUUGCAUGGAAUAAUCAGACUUUUGUAGUUCUGACUAUGUUCUUCAAGAGGUGAUGAUACAUGUUACAACCAAAUAGUUAACAUUUACUUAACAAUCCCUUGAAAACGGCAUGCGAUUGUCAAUGGUUUUAGCGGAGCUGGGGUGUCCUUGCCCCCCCCCAGCAGUCCAAAUCAAACAUUCUGCUCCCUUUAUUGUGAUCUAUUAUUGACAGCAACCUACACUUUAAUUCAUUGAGAAGAAGCUAGUAAUCUAGACAUAAUUUGGUCACAGACUCUCUAGAUCAGAUCACUUUCUAGUUAUUCAUAAAAUAAAUGAAAUGUGUCAUUUGAUUUAACUAACCCUAAAGAGCCUUUUAUAGUGCUUGUCACUAACUGUGGACUAGAAACAUGUGCUUCCAUGUCUCUAGUUCUGUCCAGAAACAUUUGAAAACUGAAAGUCAGUGAUACCCUUGACAUCUCUUAUGUAAACUGUAAAAUAGAGCACCCAUAAACCAUUAAAACAUG